CUGAUUUCAGUAGAAGAGAAGCUGAAGAGUAGUUGAACUGCUGUGUGUUUCUGUAUUCAUUCAGUAAAAUGGAAGAAGACAGAAUUUCAGUGGAUCAAAAGGAGUUUGUGUGUUCAGUGUGUCUGGAUCUCCUGAAGGAUCCAGUGGCCAUUCCCUGUGGACACAGUUACUGUAAGAGCUGUAUUACAGACUGCUGGGAUCAGGAGGAUCAGAAGAGAGUCUACAGCUGCCCUCAGUGCAGACAGACCUUCAGUCCAAGACCUGCUUUAGCUAGAAACACCAUGCUGGCUGAAGUGGUGGAGAAACUGAAGAAGACCAGACUCUCUGCUGACUGUGACGCUGGAGCUGAAGAUGUGCAGUGUGACGUCUGUACUGGAAGAAAAUACAAAGCUGUCAAGUCCUGUCUGGUGUGUCUGAACUCUUACUGUCAGAAUCACCUCGAACAACAUGAGAGUUUGUUUAAAGGAAAGUUGCACAAAGUGACUGAUGCCACUGGACGACUGCAGGAGAUGAUCUGUCAGAAACAUGAGAAGAUCCUCGAGGUUUUCUGUCGCACUGACCAGAAAUGUAUAUGUGUGCUGUGUACGAUGGAUGAACAUAAAAACCAUGACAUUAUACAAGCUGCAGCACAGAGGACAGAGAAACAGAAGCAGCUGAAGGAGACGCAGAAGACGCUCCAGCAGAGAAUCCAGCAGAGAGAGAAAGAUCUUCAGCAGCUGAGAGAGACUGUGGAGUCUCAUAAGCGCUCUGCACAGACAGCAGUGGAGGACAGUGAGAGGAUCUUUACUGAGCUCAUCCGCUCCAUUGAGAGAAGCCGCUCUGAGCUAAUACGACUGAUCAGAGAUCAGGAAAAGACUGCAGUGAGUCGAGCUGAAGAACGACUGGAGCGACUGGAGCAGGAGAUCAAUGAUCUGAGCAGGAGAGACGCUGAGCUGGAGCAGCUUUCACACACACAGCAUCACAUCCAGUUCCUGCAGAGUUUCCAGUCUCUCUCAGCACCUCCUGAAUCUACAAACGUAAAUGACAAUCUCUUCAGUUCCCUCGUCUCUGUUGAUGAUCUGAGAGAAUCUGUCCAUCAGCUGAGAGACAAACUGGAGAAUUUCUGCAAAGAGGAGCUCAAGAAGAUCUCAGACAGAGAUUCCCAUCAGCUCACUCUGGAUCUGAACACAGUGAAUAAACGACUCCUUCUGUCUGAGAACAACAGAGUGAUUACCAACACUGGCACAGAUCAGCCGUAUCCUGAUCAUCCAGACAGAUUUGAUGAGUGGUCACAGGUGUUGUGUAGAGAGAGUGUGUGUGGACGCUGUUACUGGGAGAUUGAGUGGAGUGGAGAUGUGUAUAUAUCAGUGUCAUAUAAGAGCAUCAGCAGGAAGGGAUAUGGUAAUAAGUGUUUGUUUGGAUAUAACGAUCAGUCCUGGAGUUUGUUCUGCUCUCCUUCCAGAUACUCAUUUAUACACAAUAACACAGAGACUGCUCUCACUGUGAAGUCCAUCAGCAGUAGAAUAGGAGUGUUUGUGGAUCACAGUGCAGGAACUCUGUCCUUCUACAGCGUCUCUGACACAAUGAGCCUCAUCCACACAGUCCAGACCACAUUCACUCAGACGCUCUGUCCUGGGUUUUGGGUUUGUAUCGGAUCAUCAGUGAAACUGUGUUGAUGAAUCAGAAUAGACUGACAAGAGUUUCUACCCAUAAUGCUUUGAGCUGCAUGAUGAAUCAGUAACAGUGAGAUGUUAUUGAGUCUCUUCUCUUCUCUUCAUGACAUUAAUACUCCAGCUGAACUUUUGUCAGUGAAAUAACAUGUCAGAAUAAAUGUGUGUAAUAAAUCCUCAUAUCCAUCUUUUUCUUCAACGUGGAAGUAAGCAUAUGAGCGGACUGCCAGGUCAUUAACCUCUUUAGGUAAAUACGACAAGAAUGGAGGGGUGAAAACUUUUGAACACGAUGAAGAGGGCCAAAUUUUUCUUAUUUUGUUGAAAUAUAAUUUUUUACCAUUUGGUUCUGCCCUUCAUAAGCAACAGAAGAUACUCGUAUGUUUCCCGGAACACAAAUUAAGUACAAUUUACCUUGAUCUUCAAAUUCCAAAAGUUUUCACCCCCCCAGCUCUUAAUGCAUC